AUGGUGCUCGCGGCCCCGCUGCUGCUGGGCUUCCUGCUCCUCGCCCUGGAGCUGCGGCCCCGGGGGGAGGCGGCCGAGGGCCCCGCGGCGGCGGCGGCGGCGGCGGCGGCGGCAGCGGCGGGGGUCGGGGGGGAGCGCUCUAGCCGGCCAGCCCCGUCCGUGGCGCCCGAGCCGGACGGCUGCCCCGUGUGCGUGUGGCGGCAGCACAGCCGCGAGCUGCGCCUAGAGAGCAUCAAGUCGCAGAUCUUGAGCAAACUGCGGCUCAAGGAGGCGCCCAACAUCAGCCGCGAGGUGGUGAAGCAGCUGCUGCCCAAGGCGCCGCCGCUGCAGCAGAUUCUGGACCUACACGACUUCCAGGGCGACGCGCUGCAGCCCGAGGACUUCCUGGAGGAGGACGAGUACCACGCCACCACCGAGACCGUCAUUAGCAUGGCCCAGGAGACGGACCCAGCAGUACAGACAGAUGGCAGCCCUCUCUGCUGCCAUUUUCACUUCAGCCCCAAGGUGAUGUUCACAAAGGUACUGAAGGCCCAGCUGUGGGUGUACCUACGGCCUGUACCCCGCCCAGCCACAGUCUACCUGCAGAUUUUGCGACUAAAACCCCUAAAUGGGGAAGGGACCGCAGGGGGAGGGGGCGGAGGCCGGCGUCACAUCCGUAUCCGCUCACUGAAGAUUGAGCUGCACUCACGCUCAGGCCAUUGGCAGAGCAUCGACUUCAAGCAAGUGCUACACAGCUGGUUCCGCCAGCCACAGAGCAACUGGGGCAUCGAGAUCAACGCCUUUGAUCCCAGUGGCACAGACCUGGCUGUCACCUCCCUGGGGCCGGGAGCUGAGGGGCUGCAUCCAUUCAUGGAGCUUCGAGUCCUAGAGAACACAAAACGUUCCCGGCGGAACCUGGGUCUGGACUGCGACGAGCACUCAAGCGAGUCCCGCUGCUGCCGAUAUCCCCUCACAGUGGACUUUGAGGCUUUCGGCUGGGACUGGAUCAUCGCACCUAAGCGCUACAAGGCCAACUACUGCUCCGGCCAGUGCGAGUACAUGUUCAUGCAAAAAUAUCCGCAUACCCAUUUGGUGCAGCAGGCCAAUCCAAGAGGCUCUGCUGGGCCCUGUUGUACCCCCACCAAGAUGUCCCCAAUCAACAUGCUCUACUUCAAUGACAAGCAGCAGAUUAUCUACGGCAAGAUCCCUGGCAUGGUGGUGGAUCGCUGUGGCUGCUCUUAAGCGGGUCACUACAAGCUGCUGGAGCAAAGACUUGGUGGGUGGGUAACUUAACCUCUUCACAGAGGAUAAAAAAUGCUUGUGAGUAUGAGAGAAGGGAAUAAAUAGGCUUAAAGGGUAAACUCAAUCUUUUUCCUCGUCUUCUCUUCUAAGGGAUAAAGAUGUUACGGCCAAUUCUCUCUCUAUAAUAUUUGCCCUUGAAGCUCCUCUUAUCUGGUCUAAUCUGGCUCCAAUAAAUCAAAGGAGCACCUAAUAAAACACAUUGUUCUCUUUUCUAUUUUUUUUUUUUUUUUAUUAACGAGCAACAUAAUCAAAAACAAAAACACAACAACCUUAAAGCUGAAACAGCAAUAAGUCAAACUGCUGCGGCAGUUCACAGAUGUACCUGGGGUACAUGCUCCCUCAUUGCGAGGCAGGACGUAGGCACGUGACUGUGCAUUUAGGCAUAUAUGUG